UCUUCACCGCUCCAUUCUCCCGGAUCCCCUCCCGGACCCCUCCGCGCCCCGAGUGGCCGGCCCGCCGCGCGACCCCUCUCCAACUUCUGCCUGCAGUUUGCAGAAGGGAGCGAGCCCGUCGAACGCCGAAGACCGUGCGCGCUGACGUCACGGGUCGAGGCGCCGCGAGAGGGGCCCGUGAGGGGGCGUGGCCUGUAGGCGGAUAUAAAAGGGUGGCCGUGCGCGCGCGGCCGGCUUACUGCGGCCGGUCACUGGGAGGGGUGGAGCUGCUGUACGGUUUGCGGCGGACGUCGGAGGCUGCGAGAAGCAGAGCGGGGCCGCCGGGGCCUCGUUAGGGCCGCAGCGACAGCAGUUGGGCCCCCCGCCCCGGCAGGCGGCCGGAGAGCGCGAGAAGGGGGUCGGGGGGACCCGCCCCCGGCCGGCUGCAGUCAUGAACUCCAACGUGGAGAACCUGCCCCCCCACAUCAUCCGCCUGGUGUACAAGGAGGUGACGACGCUGACCGCUGACCCACCUGACGGCAUCAAGGUCUUUCCCAACGAGGAGGACCUUACCGACCUGCAGGUCACCAUUGAGGGCCCUGAGGGGACCCCGUACGCAGGAGGCCUCUUCCGCAUGAAACUCCUGCUGGGGAAGGACUUUCCGGCCUCCCCGCCCAAGGGCUACUUCCUGACGAAGAUCUUCCACCCGAAUGUGGGCGCCAAUGGCGAGAUCUGCGUCAAUGUGCUCAAGAGGGACUGGACCGCUGAGCUGGGCAUCCGGCACGUGCUUCUGACCAUCAAGUGCCUGCUGAUCCACCCCAACCCCGAGUCGGCCCUCAACGAGGAGGCGGGCCGCCUGCUACUGGAGAACUACGAGGAGUACGCAGCCCGCGCGCGCCUGCUCACUGAGAUCCACGGCGGCGCCGGCGGGCCCAGUGGCGGGAGGCCCGAGCCCGGCCGGGCCACUGCCAGCGGGGCGGCGGCCUCCACUGCUGACCCCACAGCCCCCGGGGGCCCAGCAGGGGCUGAGGGGCCCAUGGCCAAGAAGCAUGCGGGCGAGCGCGACAAGAAGCUGGCAGCCAAGAAAAAGACGGACAAGAAGCGGGCACUGCGGCGCCUGUAGUGGGCUCUCUCCCCUCCCUUCUUACCUGACCCAACUCUGUCUCUAAGUUAUUUAAAUUAUGGCUGGGGUGGGGGAGGGCACGAGGGCACUGGGACCUGGAUUUGUUUUUCUAAAUAAAGUUGGAAAAGCA